CCGCGCCUCGCUCCGGCCCGGCGGGGGCCCGCCGCCGCCCCGCCGCCCCGAUGCCCGAGCCCGGCCCCAGGAUGAACGGCUUCUCGCUGGGCGAGCUGUGCUGGCUCUUCUGCUGCCCGCCCUGCCCGAGCCGCAUCGCCGCCAAGCUGGCCUUCCUGCCGCCCGAGCCCACCUACGCGGUGCUGGCGCCGGAGCAGCGCGCGGGCGCGGCGGCCCCGGCCUCCCCGGACCCCGCCGCCCCGGGCUCCCCGGCCGCCCCGGCCCCGGCGGCGGCGGCGGCGGCGGCGGCGGCGGAGGGGGAGGAGGGCGGCCCCGCGGGCGCCUGCUCCCUGCACCUGAGCGAGCGCGCCGACUGGCAGUUCUCGCAGCGCGAGCUGGACGCCGUGGAGGUGUUCUUCUGGCGCACGGCGCGCCGCAACCGCCUGGGCUGCAUGUUCGUGCGCUGCGCGCCCGCCGGCCGCUACACGCUGCUCUUCUCGCACGGCAACGCCGUGGACCUGGGCCAGAUGUGCGGCUUCUACCUCGGCCUGGGCUCCCGCAUCAACUGCAACGUCUUCUCCUACGACUACUCGGGCUACGGCGCCAGCUCGGGCCGGCCCUCCGAGCGCAACCUCUACGCCGACAUCGACGCCGCCUGGCAGGCGCUGCGCACCCGGUACGGCGUGAGCCCCGAGAACAUCAUCCUGUACGGGCAGAGCAUCGGCACGGUGCCCACGGUGGACCUGGCCUCCCGGUACGAGUGUGCGGCCGUCAUCCUGCACUCGCCCCUCAUGUCCGGCCUGCGCGUGGCCUUCCCCGACACCCGCAAGACCUACUGCUUCGACGUCUUCCCCAGCAUCGACAAGAUCUCCAAAGUGACCUCGCCGGUGCUGGUCAUCCACGGCACGGAGGACGAGGUCAUCGACUUCUCGCACGGCCUGGCCAUGUACGAGCGCUGCCCGCGCGCCGUGGAGCCGCUGUGGGUGGAGGGCGCCGGGCACAACGACAUUGAACUCUACGCCCAGUACCUGGAGCGGCUAAAGCAGUUCAUCUCCCACGAGCUCCCCAACUCCUGAAGGCGCCGCGGCCCCCCGCAGGCACGGCGAGCACAGCCCUCCGCGCCCCACGCGCCCUCCCCGGGAGCGGCCACGGACAGGGCCACGGUCACUGCCACGGACAGGGCCACGGUCACUGCCAUGGACAGGGCCACGGUCACUGCCACGGACAGGGUCACGGUCACAGCCCAGGGCCACGGUCACUGCCAUGGACAGGGCCACGGUCACUGCCAUGGACAGGGCCACGGCCACGGCCGGGACAGGGCCACGGACAGGGCCACGGUCACUGCCACGGCCGGGCCACGGCCACGGACAGGGCCACGGUCACUGCCACGGACAGGGCCACGGUCACGGUCACAACCACGGUCAUGGCUAUGGACAAAGGUUGUGGUCACGGCCAUGGCCACGGUCACGGCCAAGGUCACAGCCUGGGCCACUGCCACGGACAGGGUCACGGUCAUGGGCACUACCAUGGCCACGGUCACGGCCAAGGUCACGGUCACGGUCACGGUCACGGCCGGCGACAGGGAGGAAGCACCCGGCCUGGACACGAGCGACCUCAUCCGAGAGCCAGGGAGGCCUCGGCCGCAUGGCUAGAGAAUUUCUACUAAUUCACACGCCUCCCGACACGGACCUGCUGUGGCUCCCGGCCCCGUGGCCUCGCGGGGGUCGGAAGGAGGGCUGGGGGUGCUGGGUGAGGAUACUCCCAGCUGCGUCUCUCCUCUAUGCAUCACUCGGGGUUCAUUCAGGCAGAACCCCCCUUCCCCGUCCCCCCACCCCCCCCAUGUCGUCCGCGUUCCCGGGAUCUGUCCAUGGGUGGUGCUGUGCUGGAGCUACUGGAACGCCGGUGACAACACUCCCUUAACUUUUUCCUUUUUUUCUCUUUGUUCAUCCUCGCCCGAGGAUAUUUUCGCAUUGGUUUUUAAGGAGAGUGUGAGAGAGAGAGAGAGAGAGAGAGAGAGA